AUGAACAUGCAAUUCUGUGCUCAAUCGAACUACGCCUCGGCGUACGGCUUCAACCAUGGACAAGGAAACCCCAUGCAAUAUCCCGAAAGCCAGUACCAAGUCCAUCCUGGAUUCCCCGGCCUCCAAUACAUGUACGGCUAUCAGCAACCCAGCAGCCACCUUGGGGCCGAACGGAGUGGAUUGAGUGACGGCAAAACCGAGUCGAAGCCUCGGUUGUCGAAAGAGGAGGUUGAGAAGCUGGAGAAGGUGUUUCAAGAAAACCCCAAGCCUUCGAGCUCGGUGAAGGCACAACUGGCGGAUGGGCUUGGACUGGAACGUCCAAGAAUCAAUAACUGGUUUCAAAAUCGGCGGGCCAAGGCAAAGCAGGAGAGGAAGCAAGAAGAAUACGAGGCCCGAAGAGCGGCAGAGAAAGCCACCUCGACGCCGAACUCCCCCGACGAGGAUACAGCCAGCGAAGCUUCAGAGUCCCUGGGUGACAACGUUCCCAGACGUAUGCAACCAUCGUCCGCUAUUUUCCCAGAUCUCACCUCGACCUCUCACGUCACGGGCUCCUCAUACGAGGAUGAAGAUGAGGACGAUACCCCUGUUGGCUCCGAUGCUAUCGGCUCUCCCUCUGUCCAAGAUUCCAGUUCCCACCAUGAUGACUCGACUGGUGGUUUCCAAUCUCCCCUGUCGCUCGACUACUCGCACACAGAAAUGCCCGGGUUGUCGCAGGAUCACACCCAUCACGGUUACACUCAACCUAGAUCUAUGAGCGACUACAGCUCAUUCAUGUCGUCCCAACAUGAGAUAGAGCACGACAGUCGCGGGGAACGCUUGAAUAGCGUUUCAAUUCGAGUGCCUUCGCCCGAUGAUCAUGGCAUGCCCGGUGAGCAUGACAGCGGACGUCUCUAUCCCAACCUGAUGAGCGCAGGGCUCCCGAGCUCAACGACGACAUAUUUCUUCCAGCCGCAUUCGGGCAUCGAUUCAGGGAUAACGGGAAGCCCUUUGGAAGACACCAGGACCGACAACACAGAGCUAGUGACGCAACUAGGAUCCCAGGGCAUGCCCACGCCAGACGACUCCUUCAAGUCGCCUCCCCCCCCCGCCAACAUUGCAUCACGCCGAAACACACCGCGUCCAGCAUCUCUCCAAACUGCCUCUCUGAGAAGCCGUUCCUACAACCUCGGUUGUGGUCCCAAGACUGCAAUUGAUGGGAAGAGGAUAGAUCCUUGCAGCCCUGCCUCUGCAAUGCGCCGCAUUGUAUCUGCCACGGGAGCUGGCCCCGGGCGGGUUCAAAAGUACAGUAUGGGACCACGUUCCCCUAUGUACUUUGGUAGGAAUCAUGAAGCGUUGCUUCAGUACCGUACUCGUUCGCCGGCUGGGUCAAUGAGCUCGACGUUCCAGGGCGCGGCUCCGCCAACACCAAUGACGCCAGCCCUCCUGGACCAACAAUCCAUUCGGGAGCCGACCGUGUCCUCGACAUGCUCUGACGAUGGCUCGUUCAUGCUAGGUGGAGGGGUGUCAUCGAAUAUCAUGCAGGAACUGAAGGCAGAGUCCAACCUCAAGACGCCUCCAAGUACACCCGGCCUAAUGACCAACUUCUCUGCUCACAACUAUAAUGCCAACCCGUUCAGCUCUGGGGUUGACUUCUCUGCGGACCAACCGCUUUUGACGCCAUUCUUCAAUACCGAGUUUCCGGAUCUCAGCAUGCGUAACAUGCCUAGCUAUGUGGAGUUGAGCGAUGGCAGUCUUCCAACAACGCCGUUGUACACCAACAUGAUGGGUUCCAUCCCAGAACAGAGUUCAUUCGCUGGCAGUUCCAUGAACAACACUCAGUACGACUGGGAUGCGAACGAGUCUGUCAUCUCGCCCAAGUCCUCCCCAGGUCAACCUCGAUCAAAGCAGAUUCAGUUCACUCAGAACAUGACUCCUCAGGAUUACUGUUAG